CGAUCGUGACGGUUCGAGUUCAAAAGUGUGCUUGAAAUCAUCUAGGAGCCUUGAACUUGACCAUACCUAGGGGGCUUUCAUUGCAAGUAAACCAGUAUGGCAGAAUGGACAAGCAUCAUCCCAACAAAUCCAAGCCCAAAGGGUUCGAUACCUUAGAGGUCGAUCUUGAGCGAUCCGAUCACUUCUUGAGAGUCCAAACCCUGCCCGGAUCACUCACCCGGGUGGAGAUGUGGAGGCGCUCCCCAGUCAGCAGUCGGAUCAGCCCCGUCAUGCCCAUGCCCAACAACGACAGGGACGAAGACACAGAAGAGGAAGAAUUUAGUGAGACGGUGUCCAAUGCCAGUGAUCGGGCAAGCUUCUCGGAGGGGUCCAAUCGUCAAGACAAUCGAUCUCCACGGCCAAGAAGUUUGGCGGGAAAAUCGACCCCGAAAAGGGUGUAUCACACCACACUGGCCGUGAUCUCGUUAGAUGCCGGCGGUCAAGUGAGUGCGGAUGAGGACGAAGUGGUGGUGGAAGAUGUUCAGAAUAAACCCUCGACCCAUGCUUUCCCGAAGGCGUGUCACUCGCCCAUCAGUUACAAAUCCGGAGAGGCCGAGUCCAUCAGGGAGGACAUCUUCGGUCAUGAAUCCAAAAGAGAACAGGACGACGAUGAGGACGAGGAUUAUUGCUGCUUCUGGCCUUUCACCCUCUUGAAUAACAAACCGGUCCUGCGGCUCAUUGCCGUCAUGACGUUCAAUGGCAUCUUGUCCAUGAUAUGUGCAGCCCUGAUCAUGGAAAUCGAAUUGCCAGCCCAGGUUAAUCGAUUGGCGGUGCGCAAGGAGAGUCAAGAGCAGGUGAAGAUUCUUUUCAAGAACAUCACGGACAUGAUCAACAACGUUGGCACCCCCGACUACAACUCGUUCCAAGCGGUGGAGCUGUUGGAGAAGUUCAGCAAGGCUGCGCCCAAGGUUCGCCACACCCCCGAUGAGAUUCGUUGGGAUAUGCUCUCGGCUCAAGCCUUCAUAACAUCCGUUCAAACCACAACAGGGUACGGAGAUAUUGUCCCCGUGACUUUUUGGGGCAAGCUGUUUACCCUUGGAUACGCUUUGGUCGGAAUUCCGAUUUUCAUGUGGUACAUUGUCAAACUUGGAGGCGUCUUUCGACUCCUCGUAAUGAAGGCCAUAUUUUGGCUGUUGAUCUGCAUUUGUCCUUCUCCGGACGACCACGAUGAAAAUGGGGAUCGUUUUGAUCGGCGAAGGAGCACGGCCACCCGGAUGAAAAUCCUGGAGAUGAAGCUGAAGCUGAAUCAACAGUAUCACGAUGACAAGCGAUUUCAUCCGUCCGUGAUUGGCGUGAUCCUGCUCACCUUCUUGUGCUCGGUGGCCAUUUUCAUCUCCUAUAUGGAAGACAUCACCUAUUUUGACUCGUUCUACGCCGCCUUCAUCACGUACAGUGCUAUCGGCUUUGGGGAUAUUGACAUUUUCAAAAUAUCGUAUCGAUCAAACUGGUUCAACCUACUAAUCUAUGGGAACUUUAUUCACAUUGCUGGAUACAUGAUUCUCUCAGCCUGGGUGGCUUCCAUGUUGGAAAAAUGCGGCGUUCGGAAGUACUAGGCCAUCUUCGAUAUUUACAGAUCUGCACUGGGAAGGAUCAUAUCCAUCCUGACGUUCUUGGCAAAUGCACACAUGUAACUGAAGGUGGCUAAGGACCUCCAAAGGAGUCUUAAUACUCCUCCAAGAGGUAUGGAAGAUGGUCUCGAUCAAAUUCCAGGCUCUCUUCGUUCUUGCUCUCGCGUUUGGCGUCCUGUUUCACCCAUAACGAAUUCCUCACCUUCACGUAAGACAACGCCUCUGAGGUCAGAUUCUCCACUUUCUGGCCCAUCUUGCCACGCCCACCUUUCUUGAGUUGUCCGAUUAUUUUCUAAAAAAGAGGAAAGAGUCCAGUGUUCAUGUGGUUUGGAUUGAAGUGCCGAAAUCGUUAUUUAAAGAGCGAGCUAAUCCAGUUCAUUCAUUCCUUGAACAAAGCUGACAUGUUCUCGUAGGUGUUUUAUUUCUGUAAUACACAUGCACGAGAUGACAAUAAAAACCACUUGAUCGAA